AUGUGUAUUGUCUAUCAUACGGAGAAGGCUUUGAAACAGCAACUUGGUUCUCCGAACCUGGCGAAACUUGAUGGGCCGAAUGCGGCGAUGAAUGCGAGUAUGGUUGAGCAGGCGAGUAGUUCACGGGAGAUGGAUGCUUGUAAGACAAUGGCGAAUGGUUCACAGGGGAAGGCUGUUUAUAGGAUGGAGUGGAUUGGUGGAGUUGGUGGAACCUGUCCAACCGGCUUUGGUGGAGAGUUGCGUUUUGGCUGUGGUGCGACCUUUGCCACAGGAGCUUCCGGAGCUUUUCUUAAUGGAACGAACUUCGUGUUUGCGGCGUUUCCAGACGCCGCUGGUCCUGCACUCGAGGACGAAGGAGGAGGAGGGGGCACUCUUCUUGGUAACAAAUACUUGUCGUCAUUUGCGGAGGAAUAUGGUUUGGUAAUAUCGUUAAUCAGCCGUGAAGAAGCAGACAUACUGGGAUUUGAGAAUGGCGACGAACUGAAUGCCGAGGAACCCUUGUCUGAUUGA